UAUACUUAACCAAAUUUUCACAUAAAAUGCACAUUUAAUAAUUACAUUGAUUUUCUUCAAUUUCGUAUGGUUUCUAGUAAAAUUAAAUAAAACAAACGAAGGAGAUUUAUUUCAAAUGAAUAUCGAGAUUUCAAAAUAUUUUUAAGAAAAACAAAAGAAACGCACAUAUCCGGUGAACUUGUUUGAAUCAUUUAUAAUUAGCGCCAAAAUUACAUUUCCAACAAUGGAUAUUACGGUAGUUGCGUUUUAAUUAGUGCUCUGUAUUACGUAAUAUCGAAUAUUUCAAAGAAAAUCAUUAGAAUCUAAUUAUUGUAAUUCUUAAAAAGAGUAAAAGUGUUAAGUGCAUUCUUAGUUAUUUCUAAUUGUUUAGAUAACGAGAAUAAACAUGGAGCUAAUAGAAAUUCCACCUGUUGCAUUAAAUGUUUUUGAAAUGGUUUUGAACUCGUUAAAUGAACGUGCAUCAUGUGUAGCAAUACGUAUUUAUAACAAAGAGAAAAAAAUUCAAGUAGUAGAUAAUGGUAUAGGAGUAUCUAUAGAUGCGUUAGCAGGCUUAGAAGAUAUUGGAAAAGAUAAUAUUCAUGAUUUACAAUUACAUUAUAAUUUAAGAUACAAUAGUUUGAAGAACAUAUUUAAGAAUUUUCCAAUUAUUUCCAUUUCAUCGAGAUGUCAGAAUUCUUUGGAAACGAAUACAAAGAUCUAUAGAAAGGGUUUAUCUCCUAUUAUGUUGAAAGAAACAUUUCGACCGUCAACUGGUACAACAGUAUCCAUAUAUAAUUACUCUAAUACUAUAUAUGCUCAUAAACAAACUAUAUCUAUAAUAUGCUUUUUAAUAGCAAAUAUUUCUUUAAAUAGUCCUAAGACUUCCUUCACACUUAGAGACGAAGAUGAUAUAUUUUUACAAAUCACUAAAGAUAGAGAUUCAAAAAAAGUUUUAGAAAUGCUAUAUGGAGAACAUAUAUUACAAGAUUAUAUAUGGACAAUACCAUCUACUAAAGUAUUAACUAUUCAAUACCAUGGUUAUAUUGGAAUGAUUAAGACAGAAAAAAAAGCUUUGCAUUACAUUUUCUUAAAUAAUAGACCAGUCUAUUGUACUACAAUUAUAAAUACAAUACUGGAUUAUUUCAUUCAACAUCUAAAUUACUAUAUGAGAAUUUGCAAUGUUAGUAAAGAAAUGAUAUUUCUUAUGUUUUUUAUUAAUUGCACAGCAACAGAAGUUGUUGUUACUACAAAAAAUGAUAAAAGAUUUAUGUUAUUAUACAAAGUACGUGAUGUUCUAGAUAGUGUUAGACAAUUUAUAAAUAAUAUUUUCCUGGAUGAAUUUUUCAUUAAACAAUUAUAUGAAUAUAUCCAAUUUCACAUACCAAAGCAAGUACAAAAAAUUGAUAAAUCUGUAGAAUCUGAAAAGGUACACAAUGUUUUACCCUUAUAUCUCAAAGUAGAUCACUCAAAAAAAAAUCAUAAGACUAAAAAAUCUAUUUUAUAUAAUACUAAUAUUAAUCAUAAUCCUAUCACAGUUUUUUAUACCAAAUAUGGAAUGUUUCUUUAUGAAAGUAUAAAACAAGGAAGAUCAAUAGAAAAUUAUAUAAUUGAUAUAGAACAUUUGAAAACAGAUACUUUUAUAAAAAAAAGGCAAAAAUUACAAAAUAUAAAUUAUAAUUGUAAUCAAUAUUGCUUUGAGGAAAAUAUUACUUCUAAUAUUUCUAAUAAUUUUGAUUCAAAAGAGAACAUAGAAUAUAUAAAUUGUGUGAAUUCAAAUCCAAAUUCAAAUAAUACUAUAGCCAAUAUAGAACAAACACUAUCUGCAAAACAAGAACAUGACAUAGAAAAAACUGAUUAUGUAGAAGAUUAUAAUUGCUCUCUUUCUGAGUGGUCUGAUUGGAGUUAUCAUACGAACGAAGUAAAAAAUGAUGGAAUAGAAGUGCAAAAUACUCUUUCCAAGUUGAAAAAGAAAAAUGAAAGUAUUAAAAAAUAUUACAAAGUUUUUGAUUUUCUUCCACAAAAGUUAAAUAAUCUUAUUCAGUUUAGAGCUAUUAAAUUAAUAAAAACACCUUCGUUCAAUAAUAUUGAUACAAGUAUAUCGUUUAAUGAGAUAACGCAUAAUUAUCAAGAAAAUGAACAACAACAUCAAGAUGUUGAUAUACAUCCAUGCACAUUUAAACAACAUUUCUAUGAAUUUAGAUUAAAAAGAACUGCAUUACAAUUUAUAAAGGUAUUAAAUCAAAUUAAUAAUCAAUUAAUAGCAGCCUUAAUGAUUUAUGAUAAUAUGGAAUUAUUGCUAAUGAUGGAUCAACAUGCUGUUCAUGAAAGAAUAAGAUAUGAAAAUUUACUUAAUGAUUAUAGAACAUCAGAUUAUAAAAGUUUUCUAACUAAAAAACUAUCAAUUCCAAUAAUAGUAGAAGUAACAGUAAAUAUGUGCACUUUGCUUCUCUGUAACAAGCUGUCCUUAGAUAAAUUUGGAAUAAAAUUAAAUGCAAUUAAUGAGAAUACUUUAAGCAUAUACAGUAUACCAAAAUGUUUCAUAACAAAUAAACAAUAUUAUAAUGAUAUAAAAUUGGCAAUGACAAUUCGAAAUUUGUUAAAUGAAAUUGUAGACAAUAUUAUGAAUGGAAAUGGUACAAACUUUUUACCUUUAUCUAUUCACAAUGCCAUUUCAAUGGAAGCAUGUCGUGGUGCUAUAAAAUUUGGUGAAUUGCUAUCUGUACAACAAUGUAUAGAGCUUUUUGAUGACUUAAAAACUACAAAAUCUCCAACUCGAUGUGCACAUGGACGACCUUCGAUAAUACCUAUAAUUGAGCUUUCAGAAUUAAGAAGAAGGUGUUAUAAAAAUAUAAAGGUACUCUCACUUCUUGUUUUGUACAAUUGCUUCCUGAGUAGAUGAAGAUAUUUAUUAUGUUUAUUCAAAUCAAUUAUAUCUAGUAUAUAAUUUAAUUUAAUUUUUAAUAAUGAGUUAAACAUAUUGCCAGUUACAGUAUUUUUUAUUACAUUAUUUUAAACAUGCUAUAUGUUUUCUCAUAAUUAUUUUAUUUGAUUAUACAAGUAUUUAUUAUAAAUGUUGACAUCUAUUUAGAACAAUUUCUAAAAAGCAGUUUUUUUCACAUCCCUGCAGAAUUAGGGGUAUGAAAUAUAAUAUAGAAAUAGGAGAUUAUU